AUGGGAGAAGUCGCGCCAGCUGUGAAACCGCGCCCAGUGGUCAUAGAACCUAUACACCUCCUUCAGACUCGUGCUGUCGUUGCCGAGCGACGGCAGGUUCGGCUCGGUGCUCCACUUCUUGUUGCGCUCAAACACCGGGCCGAAGGCGGCGUAGAAGUCUGCCCCCGCCGGCAGCGUCUCGCCGGGGAUGGCGUCGUCGAAGGGCCGCGACGAGUCGUACGCGAGCCGCGUGUCUGGGUCACCGAGAAUGUCAAAGGCCCGCUGCACCUGCUUGAAGGCCUCGUCGGAGCGGUCCUGCUGCUUGUCGGGGUGCGUCUCCAGACAGCGGCGGCGGUAGGCAACGCGAAUCUGCUCCUCCGUGGCACCAUCGCCCUGGGCCAGGCGCAGCACGCCGUACCAGUCAACCAGCAGAUCCUCGUCUGUCAACUUCACCGCCUUCUUCCGACGCGACCCCUGUUGCUGUUGCUGCUGCUGCCGCUGGCCCUCCGCAUCAUCGCUGUUGCCAUCGUCGUCGUCGUCGGUGUCAGCAUCAGAGACGUUCAUCGCAUGCGGGUCUUCGUGACGUCGCAAAUGCUGCAGCUGCGCCUCCACCCACAACCGCGCGCCCACUUCGGUCUGCUGCUGCAGCGUCAGGCCGAGCGGAAGCACACGCACGCGGUUUGCCAGCCCGCAGAGGGGCGAGCGCGCCACACCCAUCGACAGCGGCUCGGUACCGUCCUCAAGCUGUGGGAUGUCAAACGUCGCGAGCGUCACCAUCUCCACUCAAAUUCCUCGUGCUGA